CAUAUAUUACUAAUAAUUGGGAAUAAAAUUAUGUUACUAACAAAAAAAAUGACUUCCUACUUGUCUUUAUUCCUCUGUCUCAUUCUUCUCUUUAAUGUUUUGGUGGCAGAUGCAUUUACAGGUACAUAUGGGAUAAAUUAUGGAAGGAUAGCAGACAACAUCCCAGCCCCAGAAAGCGUUGUAACGCUUCUCAGGGCUAACAAAAUAAAGAAUGUUAGAAUCUAUGACGCGGAUCAUAGUGUUCUAACAGCUUUUAAAGAUUCUGAAAUUCAAAUCAUCAUAGGACUUGGCAAUGAAUUUCUCAAAGACAUAAGUGUGAAUGAAGAUCGCGCAGUUGAAUGGGUGAAAAUAAACGUACAACCUUACCUCCCCGGUACCUUAAUUCGUGGCAUAGCAGUUGGUAACGAAGUUCUUGGAGGAGGAGAUACUGAAGUAUGGGAAGUUUUAGUCCCUGCUGUUAAAAAUGUGUAUAAUGCACUUGAAAAAUUGGACUUAUCACACAAAAUAGAAGUGUCAAGUCCACAUUCAGAAGCUGUUUUUGAUAACACAUAUCCUCCCUCAGCUGGUGCAUUUAAAGAAAGUAUACUACCUUAUAUGUUACCAUUAUUAAAUUUUUCGAAACAAAUUGGUUCACCUUUUUACAUCAAUGCAUACCCUUUUUUGGCCUACAAGAGUGACCCUAGUCACAUUGAUCUUAACUAUGCAUUAUUCGAGAAAUCGAGUGGUAUAUAUGAUGCAAAAACAAAGUUGCAUUACGAUAACAUGUUUGAGGCUAUGAUUGAUGCUGCAUAUUUCGCGUUGGAGAAGACAGGUUUCGAGAAAAUGGCAGUAAUUUGUUCAGAAACAGGAUGGGCUUCACAAGGGGAUGAAAAUGAAGCUGGUGCAAAUGUGAAAAAUGCAAGAACUUAUAAUAAGAAUUUGCAUAAAUUGUUGUUGAAGAAAAAAGGGACACCACAUAGGCCUAAAAUGGUGAUGAGGGCUUAUGUAUUUGCUUUGUUUAAUGAAAAUCAGAAACCUGGCCCAACUUCAGAGAGGAAUUUUGGGUUGUUUAAAGCUGAUGGAAGUAUAGCUUAUAAAAUUGGAUUUAGAGGACUUGUGCCUUCUUCAGCAUCUAAGGACUUUGUACUACGAGGCGGGUUUUGGAGUUCCCAAUGGUUUAUUGCUUUGGCGAGUGCAGUAGUACUGACUCAAUUUUUAGACUUGUGACCAUAAAGAAGAAAUUUAACUCACGAAAUUGUAACACGAUCGUUUGUCUUGUACAAAAUAUACUUUUAUGAAUCAAUACAACUUGGGAGCUCCAAUUGUCCAA